CAAGCAGGAGGCAUGCCAUUGGGAGGUCGCCCACUGUUUCCAGAAAUCGUCAACGCUCAUCAUCGCAUCGCGCCACACGUGGUGGGUGAGCAGCAAAGGCAGCCGCAGGGAGAGAAGCGGACAGAGGCAAGGGCCCACGAUGCUCUGUUGCUUGCGUCUGUCGUUAAUGUGUUGGUUUUGCCCAGCGUGAGACGGGCUGCGAUGAGUCGCCGUUUCUGUCAGAUCUCACCGGCGCGAGUGUCUUUCUGAAACACGAGCACCACCAGAUCACCGGAUCAUUCAAGUAACUAACUAACAUGCAUUAAUGGCAGGCACUCUGUCUGCAGUGCAGAUGAGAUAGACUCCCUCUGUGCGCGUGUCUGUCCGCAGGCUCCGCGGUGCUCUCAACAAGAUCCUCGCGAACGAGUCGGCCUGCCGCGACAAGGGCGUCAUCGUCGCGUCAUCGGGCAACCACGGCAUCGCAUGCUGUGCCGCCGCCGCGAAACUGGGCACUACUCACGGCGAAAACGGCGAAAAGACGAUCAGCGUGACGGUGUGCGUGCCAUCGAGUGUGUCCGAAGCCAAGCGGUCGUUGAUGGAGCACUACGGCGCCCAUAUCAUCACAGUGGAGGGCGACUGCGUCAACAGCGAGGCUCGCGCGCGGCGAGAGGCGGAUGAGCGUGGGAUGGUGCUGGUGCACCCCUACAACGACAUGCAAGUGAUGGCGGGCCAGGGGACUAUCGGCAUCGAACUCAACGCCGUCCAGAACGUCGCAGCGGUGUUUCUCUCUGUGGGCGGUGGCGGGAUUGUGUCUGGUGUCGGAACGGCCAUCAAGCCUUCCAGCCCCAUUGCCUGGUCGUCGCGUGCCACGCCGCCAACUCGUGCGUCAUGUAUGAGAGUCUCAAAGCUGGGCGGACACUGGCCGCAGAUGAGGUCGACCAGAAGCCCACGCUGUGUGACGGUGUGGCUGGGGGAAUCGAGCACAACUGCGUGACGUUCGUGCACUGCCGCGAUGUCAUCGACCACCAUGUGGUGGUGAGCGAGGCUGAGGUGCGUGAGGCCAUGAAAUGGAUGGCGGAGUCCGAGCACUUCAUCGUCGAGGGCGCGGCUGCUCUGGCCGUGGCAGGGCUGGUCAAGAGCUUGAGAUAGCCGGGGAGGUCGGGGGAGCGGUUUGGGCACCCGCCGCCACUGUGUGGCAAGAAGGUGGUGGCGGUGCUGUGUGGACGGAAUAUCAGCUUUGAUACCUUCAUGGCUGCCGUGGGCAGCGCGGGGUAGA